GUUAUUUUUUUGACAGUCAGCUGACAAGUAGCUGGCUGUUCGGCUGUAAUUUUUCAUAUUCAAUUUUUCAAAAUUCAAGUGUCCAAUAAAAUCUAUCAGCGUACCACUUUCAAACAGAGGAGCAUAUCGGCCUAACCAUGAGCAUUUCUGCAGCAGAAGUAAAGAAACAUAGAACUAAGAACAGUUGUUGGAUGGUGAUCAACAACGAUGUCUAUGAUGUUACUGCCUUCUUAAAUGAGCAUCCUGGAGGAGAGGAUGCUCUGUUGAAAUACGGUGGCAAAGAUGGUACCCAGGCAUUUGAAGAUGUGGGUCACAGUCCAGAUGCCAGGGAGUUGAUGAAGAAGUUUAAAAUCGGAUCUCUGCACCCGCAAGAGCGUAAAUUUUAUGUUGACCCUUGUAAUAAAUGGAAAUGGAUAAUGCUAGCUUUGGCUGCUGCUAUCAUUGCCGGCGUCGCAGCGCGAAGAUACUACGCUCCAGGGUAGACAGGCACACGCGAGGAAGCGAGGGUCCAAAUGUAACUGGUCCACUCCAGUUACAACUUAUUAAGUCUAGUUGGAACUAGUUAUAAGCUAAUGUAAUAAGAUAAUGCGUUGCAGAAAUUACAUAUUUGAUGUGGAAUAUUUUAGUAGAAAGACUAUUUAGAAUGAUAUUUAUGCAAAAUCGAGAAUUAGAUAUGCGUAUAGUUCGUACAAUCGUAGCCGCUUUCUCGUGUAUACAAUAAUGAAGUGAAAGCUGAAGGUGACAGUAAAACUUGGAGAGAAUUCCGUAUCACCUGACUAUAUUGUUACGUUUUACCACUAUAUUAUAGAGAGAAUACGGAAAGGUAUAUACAUUUUAUGUUAUUAUAUUCUAUUCUAAAUGAUACUCGAGUGUUAGUAGUUAACAUAUUGUAGGCAGAAGUACCUACAAACCACAGGUAUAUAAGUAGGUAUGUGUGUAGUGUACCUAUCUAGUACAAGAUAUUAUAGCAUUUAUUACACACAGAACAAAAAUAUAUUUUAUGAAAUGACCAAGUAGUUGAGAGGGUUGUUCAUCUGUGUUUGUACGGUCAAUGCAUAAGCAAGUUAUAUUAUUGUAUUGACUGUACGUCACAUCCCAGACACCCAAUACAAAAAUAUAAUUCUUACGUGUGCCGCCUUACUGCGCAAGUGCGAGCGAGCUAGAUACACAAACUGUGCGUGCUCCCCCUUACUCCUUAGCGGCUUGCAGCCAUUUAGACUAAAGUAAAAACCCAGAGGGGAUGAUGAAGUAAAUCAUAAUCAAGCGUGUAGUUAACUUAUUGUAGGCAAAAAUACCUAGAAACCUAAUUUCCACAAGUAUUUAUUUAGGUAUGUGAGUAGUAUACCUAUCUAAUACAAGUAAUAUAGCAUUUAUUAUGCACACAGAACAAAAGUAUAUUUUUUGAAACGUUUUUAUAUUUCGUUAGCUAAUUUUAAAAUUGUUAUAAUUUGAUUUUGGACGGGCAAAGCUUCAGUAUGUUUUGGUUUGGCAGUUCUAAUAAUAGUAUCAUCCUUCACUUUCCCUUAUAAAGGUCUUAAGUAAGAAAGAGAUGGUGCUAGUUUUAGAACCGUCAUACUAAACUAAAUCCAAGUUAGAGUAGGACCAAUUUAAUACUCAUAAUAAACGGGAGCCGUAGUGGAAGAUUAUACAUAACAUCACGCUUGUAUCCCCGAAGGGGAAGGCAGAGGUGUAUAGUACACCCUCUCCUCCCAUUGCCAUUGGGCACAAAUCCUGGAAACCACUGAUAUUAAACCUUAAAACUGUGACAUUAAGGAAACGUCAAAUGUGAUCUCUUAAAUUGGCCCUACUAUACGUAGUGUAUAAAAAAGUCAUUCUUAUAAUAAUUUCGGUGCUACUUUUUCUGAAACUUUGGAUUUAUAUUUUUAAUAUUUUAACUUUACUGCUCGGUUACAUAUUAGAAGUGUAGGUAUUAUAUCAACAGUUAAGCAUUAUAAAUGUGAUGACAAUAA